AUGACUGAGACGACGAAAGCUGCUUCUAAUUCUUCCCCGGUUUCUACAUCUCUUUCCCUCUCUGCUCCGCAACACUCUAAUCCCAGGGAUCCUCGACUUGCAGUCCGCCGAAGCUGGUCAGUGGUCGACACCACUCCUGACUCAAAUGCGACGCAUCGCGCAGUCACAGAUUCCAUCGACUUAGCGGCUUUUCCUCCCCACCCUGCACCCAACAAUGCUUCUGCCCCUUCCCCUCAACCGAGGCCGGUCGAGAGGUCGACUGCCUCGGGCGAUGCCUUUAUUCGAAGCACAUCAGAUAUGGUUCAAGUCGCGAUCAGAUUGAACCAAAUCCAAACAGAGAGAGACAAUGUGACGAAAGAACUCGCCUAUACUGAGAGGCACCUGCAUCUGGCACUGAGCAGCUCAAGUUUUCCGACAACUAUCAAAUAUUACCAGCAAAACAAAGAGAUGCACCUUUCCGAGUUGGCACGGAUUGACAGGGAACUCAACGAGCAAAAGUCACUAUAUCGGCAACUGGAAGAGAACCUCCUAACCAAAUGGACGCUAGCAAAUGCUCCCUCAGAGAGUGAUGCGAGACUGGCAAAGCUAGAGGCUGAGAUUGAGCAACUCAAGGCUGCUCCGACGCGGCAAUUAAGCCCUAGCGGCACCAAGACUGUCACUCGGGAUGAAUUUCAAGAGUGGGUCGAUCGUUUUGAGCGGUCGUUGGAUGAACAAAACAGCCGUCUCAUGCGCACUAAAGCCAAACUGUUAGACGUGCCAAAAGUGGAAGGGAAAAUCGCAGCACUGGAAGGGCAGGUUAAACGCGUGGAAUCCAUGAUCAAUGAAGUUCAGUCUCGUCAAGAACCGACUGGAACUGAAUCAACGCACGCAAAUAGUGAAGUCGACUCUGCCAUCUUGGACGUGACAGAGGACAAGAUGUCUGAGUUUGCUCGCCAACUGGAAGCGCUCAAGAGCAGCCCUCCCGGCGCCUUACCCUCGUCAUGGGCCCCAGAAUUUCUUACUCGUCAAUUUUAUCCCUUGAGAUCUCGGAUCGGGGAGGUGGAAGAGAAGAUCAAUUCUCAAGCAAUUCAACUUUCCAAAGUCACAAGGGAUUCUCAAGAGCAUGAUAUGAAGAGAUUGGAUGACUUGGUCUCGCGCAAGCUAGACGAACAAGUCUCCCGGUUAGAGAGCGUGCAUGGCCAAAUCAAUGCCGAGGCGUUGAAGCAUCGCCAACGUCUAGACCGGCUUGAAAAUAAACCUGCAAUUAAUCCAGCAGACUUCGGGGGCAUAGAUCAGAAGGUUCAGGGUCUGAGCACAGCCAUUAACCGUUUCUCCGGUGACCUACGCACGCUUCAAGAAGCCCACUACAUGCCGUUAUUUCGAUAUGUUCAGGAACAGGUGGUGCCCCAAAUGAAAAAAAUCCCCGAUCUUGAGCAGAUUGUGUCGGAGUCCAAGGACACUCUUGAGACGUUGUCUAGUAGCAUUCGGUCCUUGGAGUUGCGGUACAACAAUCUCACCACUGAGAACGUUGUCAAAAACAUGAUUCACGCCAUGGAGGAGCUGUACCCUUCCAUGGGCGAGGUGCGGAGGCAGGUGGAAGCUCUGCGGGAGUCUUUUGUUGGGGAGAUUCCUGCGCUCAUGGAAGUCAAGAAAAAGGUGGAUCAGCUGCAACCAGAAGCAUUCAGCACUCGAUUGGAAUCCCUGGAACAGCUCCCGGCCCAACUGAUCCAGCUCUCAAAUCAGGUUGCCGAGGUUACACAAGACAAACUGAAAGAACACACUCGGGCGCUUCAGGAGAUCAACCAACUUCAGAAUCAACAUGAGGCUCUUUUGGGCGCUCUCGCCGAGCUUGACGAAAAGACGACCAGGACGGCGGGAGACCUGCAUGACCAGACCAACUCGAUUGGUCCGGCUUUCGAAACUCUCAGGACUGAUGUCGAGGCUACACGAAAACAGGUUGAGGCAUUGGAAAAGUCAAGGUCAGAGAUUAUAGGCCUUUUGGAAAAAGUUGAUGACCUGCAAAAGAGUACUAGCGACUUUGGAAAUGACACCAGAAUGUUUCCGGCCUCGUGA